AUGUCCGGAUCUGGAAAGCACUCCACACAUGGGAUUGAUGGCAACGUGUUCUGCUGUUUCGGGGAUACAGCAUCGAAAGAGGAAAUUAAGAAGAUGCUUGCGGGCACUCAAGGACGCGUCGUUGGAACAGAAAAACGUGGCGCUGCUGCUGCUGCAUGCAUGACUGCAAUCGAUGGCCUUUUUUUUAGGUCACAGGUCGUUGGGCAUUUCCGUAGCAGUUCGAGGCAGGUUCUUACCUUCGAGUCCAAAUGGGGCCUGUCGAUAUUGCAGUGCUUGAAGGAUGAUUCGAUCCUAACAGAAAGAGGUGAAGCAGACUCCUGGUACAAGGAUAAUGGCACCAUCGCGAGCUUCGGCCUCCAUGUGUCGAGUAAAGGUACCGGCCCUUCAAAGAAGCAUGAGCGGGACCAAAAUUGCAAAAAUACAAAGGAUAUGAGAGAUAGAGAAAUGAUCAUGUACGAGCUCCAAAGCAAGCGACUGUCCCGAUUUAUCGGCCUUGGUUCUGGGUGA